AUGCCCCCCGUCUCCCCCACUCGCAGCAGCAACAACCACUCCCCUCCCCCCCGCCGCACCAACCGCUCCAGUGUGCAGGGCCGUGGUCGCAAGAUGCACGCCAACUUCCUCGCCGCCGCCGGUGGCGAAGAUGUCCAGCGUCACCGUCUCGAGCGUAUGCGCCAGCGUGCUCUCGCCCGCGCUCGCAACAUGGAGCGCGUCGCCGAUCGCGAACGCCGUGGAUGGACCACCGAGGGCAUGGUCACCAACAUGCGCGUCUUCAACCUCAACCCCGAAGACAACUACGAAGACUUCCCCGACGUUCGCGCCUACCUCCAGCUCCUUGGCAGCAAGAUGCGCGACCCCAUUUGGAUGUGCGAGGGAAACGAGCACCUCGAAGACGAGGAAGCCCUCGGCGUCACCUGGGGCAUGAUUGCCGACCUCGACGUCGAGAAGGGUGUCCGCUUCCUCAUGAAGAUGCGCGCGCAAGGCAAGGGCAUCUUUGUCGACCCCGGCGAGAUUAACGACACUCCACAGAACUGGAAGACGCUCCCUUGGAUGCACGCCUCGGGCUUUGUCGACAUGUCCCGCGACGACCAGGCCAAGUUCCUCAGCAAGGUCACUUUCGACGAGUUCUCACUUGAGAAGGGCGGUCCAAUCACCAAGGAAGCCCACUCGGAUGACGAAGAUGACUCUGACUACGAAGCGUCGUCCGAGAGCGACGACUCGGAGGCCAGCGAAGAGCCUGCGGGCAGCGUCGUCACCCUCCCCAAGCCCCUCGUCUCGCGCCUGAGCGCCCUCAACCCCACCUCGUUUGUUGACAUGAACCUCGUGGACGGCAGCAUUCCUGCCCAGAACGCCAGCUUCGUCACCGCGGUUGGCGCCUCCAAGUCUGACGUUGACGGGAACCCCGACAAUUCGGUCGACGGCAACGAGGACGCGGACGACAACUCAAAGGCCAUUGUCCCGAUCUCGUCUAUGGGGAUCGAUAUGGACCGCAACGACGACUCUUAUGAGGAUGAAGCUAUGAGCAGUGACUCCGACUCUGCGGCCAGCCACAAGAGAGCUAGCAACGGCUCGGAUGAGGAUGAAGCUAUGAGCGGCGACUCUGACUCUGUGGCCAGCCACAAGAGCUCUAGCAACGGCUCGGACGAGGCCGCGGCCAGUGACUCGGGUGGAUCCGACAACGAGCACGCCAGUGACUCCAACAAGGGCAACAUGGUCGACGACCACUACUGGAAGACUGGAAUGAUUCUCGGCAACGUUAUCAUCCCCCUCCCCCGCUCGGCUGUUGGUCCCGACGACCCCGAGUGGAUCCGCCACAUCCACAACCUCUACUCGUUCACCAGGCACCCCCUUUACCGCGUCUUCCACGCGCCUCCCAACGUCAAGCCCGAGACCCUCUUCCAGGAGGACAAGAACAAGACUGUCGCCAUCUACACCCCGGGCGGUGACCUCGAUGACGACGACACGGACGAAGAUGACGAUGACGAUGAUAACGAGAUGGCGGACCUCGACAUUGACGAUAUGGUCUACCUCGUUCAGCAGCGCGUCACCGUCACGGAGUUCCAGCUUAUGUAG